AUGUUUAGAAAUAGAAUUGGCAUCCAACUAGGCAAAAGCCUGAAAGUUGUUAGCCCAUUAAGUCCAUUCUCAAACCAAUCAUUUGCAACUCAGAGUGUAUUUAGAAGACAACUGAGAGUUGACAGGACUUUCAGAGCAAGAAAUUUAGGACUUGGAACAAAGAAGUCUAUUGAUGUCAUGACGACCAAAGAGCUCAUCAGCCAGGCUAAGAGUGCUACCGCAUUAUACCAAUAUGCAUUAGAUAUGGAAGGAGAAGAAGAGUACAAGCCAACAAGAGUUAGGUACGCUCCAAGUCCAACUGGAGAAAUGCACAUUGGAGGGCUCAGGACAGCUCUUUUUAACUAUUUAUUUGCAAAAAAUAAUAAUGGAACUUUCAUUUUGAGAAUUGAGGAUACAGACAAAAAUAGAGAGGUCGAAGGAGCGGAUCAAAGAAUUGUUGAUGUGCUCAAAUGGGCAGGGCUUACUUGGGAUGAAGGAGUUGGAGCCACUAAGAACGAUCUUAAAGAAGGAGGUACUGGCCCAUUUGGGCCAUAUUAUCAAUCUCAAAGACUUCAGACUUAUAAGAAAUGGGUAAACACAUUGGUUGAAAACAAGCAAGCUUAUUAUUGAUUUUGUACGGCUGAAAGAUUGAAGGGAUUAAGAAAAUUGCAACAGAGAUCAAAAGGUGGUCAUACUAAAUACGAUAGACACUGAUUAGGUCUUACUGAAGAAGAGGUACAACAGAAGAUCGAUGCAGGAGAGCCUUAUACUAUUAGAAUGCUUGUACCUGAAGGAACUACAUCAUUUAAUGAUAUGAUUCAUGGACAAGUAACUAUGAAUAAUAGGCAAUUAGAUGAUCAGAUCCUUUUAAAAAGUGAUGGUUUCCCAACAUAUCACCUUGCUAACAUUGUUGAUGAUUAUUUGAUGGGAAUUUCUCAUGUGAUAAGAGGAGAAGAAUGGCUCCCUUCAACACCAAAGCACAUCUUAUUGUACAACAUGCUUGAUAUUGAGCCACCAGUAUAUGCUCACAUUCCUUUAUUAGUCAACAAUAAUGGAGCUAAACUAUCCAAAAGACAUGGAGAUAUAUCAGUAGACAGCUUCAAAGAGAAAGGAUAUCUCCCUCAAGCUUUAAUCAAUGGUCUUGCUUUACUUGGAUGGAAUCCUCCAAGUCAUGAUGAUCCAAAUAUUCUGUAUAGUAACUUAAAAGUCUUUGAAGAAUCUGAAAUUUUAACGAUGGAGGAUCUUGAAGCAUACUUCUCUUUGUUGAAAAUAGGAAAGUCUCCAUGAAAAUUUGAUAUUGAUAAGUUUAAAUUCUUCAACUCGCAUCAUAUUAGAAAGAGCUAUAUUUAUUACAACUCUGAUGAAAGAAAAGAAUCUUCUGUAAGGUUUAGAAAUUUGCUAUUGAAAAUUCUCCCAGAAGAGCUACACUCAGCUAUUCGUCAGUAUACUUAUAAACCAAUGGCAAAGAUUAUGGACAUGAUGAUUCCAAGAAUCCAGUUCUACUCCGACCUCAAGAAGCAUACCUAUUACUUUCAAAAACCAGACUUCGACUCUGAAAUUGCUCAGAAGUUCUACAAGAAAGUCAUGAGCCAGCCCGAAAAGUCAAAGGUCAUCCUGGAAGACCUCCACUCAGGCCUAAGUGAGCUCGACUCCGACUUCAAAAGAGAAGAUGUCGCCAAAGUGUGUUCGGUCUACCUUUACGAGCAGAACCAGAAAGGAAACUUCUUGAAGAACAAAGAAGUGUUCUUCUUGCUCAGAUACGUUGUCACUGGCAACUACGUGGGAGCCCCCAUCGGAGACACCUGAGAAGUGAUCGGCAAGCAGGCCACCCUCGACCGCAUCCAGGAUAUGAUUGUCAGGCUGGAAUAACUCGGACUGCAGACACAAGCUUCAUUUCAUAGUUGGCGACACACAAUAUU